AUGUCUGCCCCAGGUCUGGCCGAGAAGCUUGACAAGAUUCGGUCUCCGAAUCUGCAAAGCCAGCAGCAGACAUCCGUUAUCUUGCGAGCAGUCGAGUCGACUCUGAAAGAGCAAAACUCCGAGCCCACGCCAACAGCGUAUUUUGCGGCUCUUCUUGCACUUCUUGGUCAAACCCCUCCAGGCGGCCAGAAGAAAGACCUCGCGACAGCAAUUGUAUACCUCCUCGACGUCGUCACGCCCUUCGCCCCACAACCUCUCCUCCGCGCCAGGUUCACCCAGAUCCUGCAACUCCUCGCCCCUGUCGUAUCACAACCUGAAGCAGAUGCACCUCUUCUCAGGCCAUCGAUUGGAUGCUUAGAGUCCCUCCUGUUGGCGCAGGACUCGGCAUCAUGGGAGCUCACCGUCUCAGAAAUGGGCCCUCGAAGUGCCGUCUCGGGUCUUCUGAACCUCUCACUUGACCCACGUCCCAAGGUCCGAAAGCGAGCGCAAGAAGCCCUCAGAAAUGUUCUCAAGAACCCUCCGCCUACACCGUCUCUUGACCACCCCGCAGCCGACAUGUGCGCUGAGGCAGCCAUGAUGAGCCUGACCGAGCUGGCAGAAAGCGCGACCCGCUCGCGCAAGAACAAGAAGGCCGGCGAUAAGAGCCAGGAUCCAGUCACAAUCCAUGCUCUUCAGCUGAUUAAGACCAUUGCGAGCGGAAGUGGAGGUUGGCCGAGCAAGAAGAUAGAGGCCUUGUGCGAGCUCCUCAUCGGCAUUGCCCGGACUGGAAACGAGCACAUGACCAUGGCUAUUUUUGAGAUAUUCGACAUGAUAUUCGAAGGAAUGGCCGCGGACGAAGUGGCUUCGGCAAAACUACCCCGAUUGCUCGAGAUUAUCUCCGAGCUGCGCCCCGCGUCGGACGACACACAACUCCUCCCAUCGUGGAUAGCCAUACUGUCGCGAGGCUACGAGGUCUCCGCCCAAAUCGAGCCGGAAGACACUUUCAUGAAACUCCCAGAGCUGUUUUCAUUAAUCUCCUCAUUCCUUGAGUCAUCGUCAGAAAAUAUUCGGAUUUCGGCAUCCGAGUGCCUGGUGUCGUUCCUUGCAACCUGCAUACCGAAUCAGGUCAUAUUAGAUCCCUCUGUCUACGACGAGAAGACGCUGGAAAAGGUCGUCAAAGUGGUAGAAGGCCUUUUCCGCGUCAAAUACCAAGCAGCAUGGGCAGAGACCUUCAAGGUCGUAGGAGCAAUGUUCGACUGCCUUCGAUGGAGGGCCCACCCUUACCUCCUCAACGUGACGAAGAUUGUGGGGGACAUGAGAGGAAGCGACUCUUUCGCCAACAAGCAGGAAGCCGAUGAGGUGCUCGGCAAGGCUAUCAGGGCAAUGGGACCCGAUGCGGUUCUCGAAAUCCUCCCACUGAACUUGGCCAAACCGACAAAGGGGCAGGCUGGCAGGGCUUGGUUGCUGCCCCUGCUCAGAGACUACACGGCAAACACGAAACUUGCGCACUUCCGUUCCGAACUUGUACCCCUGAGUGAGCUGAUGUUCCAGAGGGUGUUGGAUCAUGGGGGUUCGGAGAAGACCAUGGAGAUCAAGAUCUUCGAAACCGUGGUCCAUCAGAUCUGGUCUAUCCUGCCGGGUUAUUGUGACCUGCCUCUCGAUCUCUGCGAUGCCUUCGACCAGUCUUUUGCCGAAUUACUAGCUAACCUUCUUUAUCAAAAGGUGGAGCUCCGCCUCGAUAUCUGCAAGGGCCUCAGGGCACUUGUUGAGUCGAACCAAGCGAUUGCGUCGGUUGAGGAAGAAGAUGAUCUUAUCCUCCAAAGUCGUGUGACCAAACAGCAGGCGCGAAAGAACCUCGAGUACAUGGGCACUUUGGCUGGCAACUUCCUGGCGGUCUUGUUCAACGUCUACGGACAAACAUUGCCGCACUCACGCGGUUCGAUCCUCCAGACCAUCAAUGCUUACUUGAGUAUAACGCCAGCGGCCGAGCUCAUGGAGACAUUUGACCGAGUCUGCAAAAUGCUGGCGUCCUCAUUGCAAGAGGCAGCUUCCAAGACGGAAAAAGAGGGAAAGAAAGGAGGGAACGACAAGAUGCCCGCCACCACCCACACUCUCAUGGACCUCGUCAUCACAAUGUCUAUUUAUCUACCCAGGGAAAGUUUUGCAGCGCUGUUCGAGAUAUCCUCAGUCGUCAUUAUGAAAGACAACGACCCACAGCUACAGAAGAAAGCCUACAAGCUUAUUCCUCGCCUGGCGGAGUCCGAUAUUGGGAGGACUGCUUUGCAGGAGCGACAAGCCGAGCUGCAGGCCUUGAUACUGUCCAGUGGGGAGAAGUGCUCUGCUCCGGCCCGCCGAGAACGGUUGGCAGCGAUGUCUGCUAUGGUCCCGUUUAUUCCAAACGACUCGCUGCACUUCAUCCCGGCGGUUCUUUCUGAGGUCGUGAUUGGAUGCAAAGAGCAAAACGAACGGGCGCGAUCAACAGCCUUUGAGCUUUUAAUCCUUUUGGGGAAGAAGAUGGAGUCAGCCACCGGUGCAACUAUCGACAACAGCAAGGUUCCUCACAUGCCCAAUGACGCCCCAUCGGCAACCGCGAACAUCGAGGAGUUUUUCACCAUGGUGAGCGCCGGCCUUGCUGGUAGCACGCCGCACAUGAUAUCCGCCUCCAUCACCGCAAUCAGUCGCAUUCUCUACGACUUCAAGGAGUCUUUGAGCCCCGAGACCCUCGCCGAGAUUGUACAAACUAUGGACUUGUUCUUGACGUCGAACAACCGUGAGAUAGUCAAGAGUGUCCUUGGGUUCGUGAAAGUAUGUGUCAUCAGCCUUCCCAAGGAACUAGUGGAGCCAAGACUGGGCACACUUAUUCCUAACCUCAUGGUCUGGAGUCACGAACACAAGGGUCACUUCCGUGCAAAGGUCAAGCACAUUCUUGAGAGGAUGAUCCGCAGAUUUGGAUUUGAGGGUGUGAACAAGAACUGCCCAGAAGAAGACCGAAAGCUCGUCAACAACAUUCGCAAGACGAAGGAACGGAGCAAGAGGCAGAAGGAUGCCGCCAAGGAAGAUGGCGAGGAGGCUGACGGGCCAAAGCGAGGCAGGAGGACCUUCGACAGCGAGUUUGAUAAGGCUCUUUACAGCAGUAGUGAGGAUGAGGCCGAGUCAGACGACUCUGAUGACGAGCCGGCAACUAGGGGGAAGGAGGGCAAGCAGCAGAAGGGCAAGGCCUACAUCGUUGAGGACGAGGACGAGCCGCUUGAUCUGCUCGACCGCGGGGCAUUGGCCAGCAUCUCGUCGACGAAACCAGUCAAGAUGCGCGGUCCGAACAAGUCGAGGGCAAAGGUUGACCUCGACGGCAAGCUCAUCCUCGGCGAGGAGAAUGCGGGUGAUGACGAGAUGGAUAUCGAUGCCGGCCCGGCCGGGGAGAGCGGCAUCAACGCUUACGUCUCCGCGCUCAAGGGCAAGGACGCCCCGAAGAAAGGCCUGCGGGGCAAGCUCAAGUGGUCGAACAAGAAGGGCCAGGAUGAUAAUGACGAUGAGGAUGGCAUGGAUGUCGAUGAGAAUGAUGCGGUUGCUAUCAAGUCAAAGAUAAGCAAGGGCAACGGCAAGCCGCAACGUGGAGGUGCUCAUGCCCGUGGGAACAGGUCUGGCAAGGGCAUCGCGGCAGGGCGAAGAGGACUAGGCGAAGACAAGCGGCGUGGCCCGCCCUCAAACGGCAGGGUGAUGAAGCCCAGGGGGGGGCGCAGGUGA